AUGAAUUAACAAGAACAGGAAUUCCUUUAGACUCUUAAACAAUGCUAAAAAAUGCAUUGGAUCUAAUCUAAGUAAUUGCCAAAUUUGAAAAUAUUUUAUACAGGAACAAAUAGCUUCUACUAAAGAGGUGAUAUAGUUUUUGAUUUCUUACUCCCUCUGAAUUCAUCAUUGGAUGAGAGAGUCUAAUAUUUUAGAAUUGGGAAAGAAUAGUUAUCUGAUGGAAGCUUAAUUGAGAGAUGCAAAUUCAAAAAUUAAAUAUAUUCUCUUAAGUAUAAAUAUCACUAUUUCAAUAUUAAUGAAUCCGCUUAUGGAAUUCACAGACAGUAUGAUGAUUCGAUUAUGGUUUAACAAUUGGUGUUUUAUAAAGUAGAAGAAUCAAGAACAACUUUAACAAUCCUAUAACAUCUAAAAUCAUAACCAAAUUAUAGUUUUUUUAAGUUUUUACGAGAAUGCAUUAUUAAUUACUCAAGUUUAGAAGUAGCAGAGUUAUUUGAGAAAUAAUCGAUCUAAUCAGAACUACGCUUAGAUGAAGAUGAGGAAGAAUUAAAUAAAUAUGUAUGCAACUAUAUUGACACAAAUGAAUUUUAACCUAAGGAAACUGAUGAAAAAUAUAUCAAUGAACAUUAUCGGUAUGAUCUAUUCUUAUCAACUGAUAGAGUAACCUAACUAGAUUAAGAAGACUAAGAUAUUUAUUAUAAACUGUUUUAAAUGGUAUGUGAAUACAAACUCUCUAGUAAUACUUUGAUAAGGUGGCUCAUAGCAAGAGGGUGUAAUUAUAGCAUUUUGUAAUUUUAGAUUCGAUAUUAAUGCUUCACAUGCAGCGAUAAUGAAUUGGAUUGUAUGAUACAUUUAUUUAUUUUAGGAAUGGAGAAGGCAACACAGAAUCAAUCGUUUAUCUGCAAAAUAAUUUCCAGAAUUUAAAGGAAUCUUGGAAAUUGUUGGGGAAAGCAAGUGUGGUAGAUAAGUUGUCUAUACAAAGCAGUCUAAAUUAUAGCCUGAUAAAAUGUAUUUAUUCAUUUAAAAUAUUUAGAGAUCUCGAGAGAUAUAAAUGGUAUUUCAUUGGUUUCCUCGAGGAUGUCUGUAGAUCUUGCAAAGGAUUCGUAGAUUCCUAUAUUACAAUUUUGGAUGUAGAUGGAUUUGGCUUUUCCAAUUUCGAUCUCCAAAUGACUAAAAGCCUUUUGAAUAUGGUGCUAUAGUUUUUUCCAGAGAGAUAAAAUAAGGUGUUUAUCAUUAAUAUGUCUGGUUUUGUGAUGGGAUUUUAUAAAAUGUUAAAACCUUUCUUGCCUACAAGGACAAGUGAUAAAGUAAUUGAUAAAAAUUCAUUUAAGCUAAUCUUUUUGGGAAAAGACAGAUAAGAAAUAUAAAAGACGUUGAUUGAACAUCUUGGAUUCACAAUAGACUUUGAAUGAUAUCAUAAUAUUUAUAAA